AUGGUCAUCGUCUACGUCACGCCCACCGACGCGCUCGCCAAGUUCACCGCCAACCCCUCCAAGUCCCGCAUCCACCUCAGCGGCCUGGUCCUCGAGGGCUCCAUUGCGCACCCCUCGCCGUCCUCCCCUGAGAUCGAGUUCGUCGUCACGGACCUCAUCACCGAUGUGCUCAUCCGCUAUGAGGCUGCGCUGCCCGACCUCUUCCACGAGGGCCACUCCAUCGUCGUUGAGGGCCUCCUCAAGCCCUUCACCGACGACCUCCGCCACCAUGACGACAGGAGGAAGGUCAUCGAGAAGGCACGGGAGUGCGCGUGCUUCUUGCACGGCACCGAGGUGCUCGCCAAGCACGACGAGAAGUACAUGCCCAAGGAGGUCAGCGAGGCGCUCGAGCGAAACAAGAAGCGCCUCGAGGUCGAGGCAGAGGCGGUCGCCGCUCAAGGGUCUAGUAUGGCUGCGGCGGCAAAGGAAGCAAAGGCAAGCUCGUAA